GUUUAUCAUUUAUGCUGUUGAUGUCGAGUAAAAGCAUAAUAAUACAGUAUGUCGGCCGGAACGAGACGAAGGCUCCAAGAUGCUCUGAACGCGGGAAAAGAUAUCGAAAAUACCAGGUGAGAACGACAAUAAUAUUACAAGAAAUUUGAUUAUUUUUAACAUGUAACGCAUCAAAUAGUAAUGGCUGCAUAAUGAUAGCUAAACCUCCUCUACAGACGUAUCAAUAUCAAGUAAAUCUGUGCAUUUUGUAGCCUUUCAUUGCCUUGUAAAAGUAAGCUCAAUAUGCACAUUACUGGAGUAAUUCAGUUCACAGCUUACGACGUUUUUUAAAAGUUUGUCUCUCACGAAUUGUUAUCUUACACUUUAAACUUGAUUAGGUUGCUUACGAAUUUUAACCAAACUUGCCCUGGACUUGUUGCAAAAUAAUGACAUCUUACGGUGAUUUUAGUCGUCCAAGAAAGGUCAAAAAAGGGGGUCAUUUCUGUUUAAUGUUUCAUGCUGCUGCGAGAAAUGAAACACAAGUUUUUGAAUGAUCUUUCAACAUUAUCAUCAUCAAUUUGAAUUGAGUUUUUGCGUAUGCUUCUUAACAAAGAGAGCAAAGCAAAUGAUAACAAUGUGACGAUUAAAAAUGCUAGAUGAAGAGUUACAGUGCAGAUCGAGUGUGAGUCUUACGAGUGAUUAAAUUUUUUUAAACAGAUUAAAAGUACAUGCAUGCCGCCACACAUGUUCUCUGAAAUAAGCUGUAGUAAAUCAUUAUAAUGUUGACUAAAGAAAAUUCGCACAUCACUAUUUAUUAUUCUUGCCUUGGGAGAAAGAGUGACAAUAUGCAUGUAAAAUAGGGGUGAUUGUUUCUUUCAACCUCAUGUUCACAGUUUCCAUAGAAACUGUAACACUUUGCAGUCAUGUCAUGUCCGUAAGUAAAUAAUGCAAUAAUUCUGAAGGCCAGAGACAAAAUUUUGUGCGAUUCAGUUGACAAGCAAAGAGAGUCUAUUACAUUCUAUUCAUUGCUUGUCAUUUUAUCAUUCUAUCAGCAUAGAAAAUUUUUUCUUCCAAUUGCAAGAAGUCACGCUUUAUUUUCUUCAACAAAGCAGGCUACAUUUCAUGCUUAUAUGACAAGCUGAUAAAAUCACGGGUGCACAACAGACAUAAAGCUAUGGUAAAACAGGCAACAAAACACAUGCAACUUGUUUUGCAACAUUGCUUCGAAACAAUUUGAAUAGCGAUGUUCACAUAUUACCACCCACAUUUGGACCUGUCUUUGCAACAAAUAAGGCUGCAAGUUUUUUUUCUUGGGUUGUAAAACCCGCAACAUUGCUAUCCAACUUCAUUUGCAGCAAAGUUGCAAAACAAGUUGCACAUUUUUUAUUCCUGUUUUACAGUACCUUAACAAAAACUGUAAACACAAACUCUCUUCAGAGCUUUUUGGUGGAAAAAACAUGAUACUUCCCAACGAGGCAAAAGUGCAUGAAAGCACUUAUGUCCAAGAAUAGAAUUAUUUCAGUCUGACUCUUGUUUUUGUUUUUUCCAAUAUUUUACUCUGAAUUUCAGUGCUGCCGCAAAUGGUGUUUCUAAACUAUCAUCAGUCCAAAUUGAUUUUGGAGAUGUCAUGGGAAUAUAUGGUGUAAAUUUCUCAUACAAUGCACAGUGUUUAGUUGCUGGCUGUGGCAAUGGGGCAAUUCAGGUAAUCUAAAACACAUCAUGCAUUAGGGCGUCUUUGAGUACCAAUUAGCUACUAGCAGUUACAUUAAAUCUCCUGGUCUCAGAUGUUUUGGAUUAAGGAUGGAGGGUCUAACAAAAUACAUGUGGACUAUUUUAACCCAUUUGCCCCUGAACCGCCCGUAACCGCCCGUGCGGAUCCAGGUCCUUUCUACCCUUUGUGACGUCAUCAGUUUUAACGGUCAAGGACAACUUUUUUCGCUAACUUGUGCAGAGUGAAGAGAUCUUUCAAACCAUACCAGAAUGAGCACAAUUCAGUCAAGGACACCGGAGAAAGAAACAAAAAACCACGUGACAAGGACCUGAAAAUCUCCAUGAAAAUCUUGUUCCAUUACCCACCUACCUUUCCUUUCACCUAAUCCUAAGAUCCUAAAAGCUUUCCUAAAAACUCUUCCCACCAAAAUGAAGCCUACUAAAUGCCCAGCAAGAGAAAAAAAAAUGAGGCAAGAAAAGCGAAAAAAGAAGGAAGGAGAGAAUGUCGAAAUUUUGCUUUCUGCGCAUGCCCGAACUUCGCAAGCUGAUAUUUUGCAUCUGGAUCAGAAGGCCGCCAAGUGUACGACCUGUAAACCGGUUUGUGGUAAGUUUUAGCUCUUUAUAGCACGACAGUGACCAGAAAACCACUCGACUAGCUUCAAAACGCGUUUUUCGGCAAAAUCUCCAGGAGCGAAUGGGUUAAUUAACAACCAGGCCCCAGUUGUUUCAAGGCUGGAUGCACUGGUACUAUCCAUUGGAUAAAUUAAUAUCCAGAGGAUAAGUUGGGAAACCAAUGGCGCUAUCAAGUGAAGAGCACUAUUCAGCUUUUGAACAACUGGGGCCAGUUAACUACUUGCUUGAAAAGAGGUUUUAGAAGUUUUUAUUGAAGAAGUAAAUAACAAUAAUAUUAAUAGGUUCUACUAAUCAGAAAAAUAAGAACUUGAAAGAAAAAUGCCUUUUCUAGCAAAAAUUGGUGUGAAAUAUUGCAUGACUGCCAACAAAUUCUUGAAAAAAAGGUAGAUGAACUGGUGGAGACAUUCUUUGUUCAAUAAGUUUACAGUAUGUUUAUUAAGAGAUCUUUUUAGGUUGGCUCUGCAAACAUGCAAGAUGAAGUAAAUUCUGUGUUCUGAUUGGCUAUGCAUGCCAAGUGGAUAAGAUGGGCUUAUCUUGACCACUCAGGAUUAUCCAGUUUGAAUCUUUUUGUUGGGAGGGGGGAUUUUUUUAAAAUUUUAUAAUUUAUUAUGGAUAUAUUGCUGACGAAUGUAAGGUUAGUUUCUCUCCAUUUCAUUGUAAAGGUGUAUGCUUGUGACACAGGAAGGAAGAGACGUCCUCUAAAGCAUGGCUCUCUCUAUGGCUUGCCUAUCACAGCAGUCAAAUUUUUUCCAUAUAAGGAUGACCAAUUGAUAACUGCAAGUAAGUUGAUCUUGCUUUAAGGUUAAUGUAUUGGUGCUAGGAAAGCCUAUCUCCUAUUUUUACGUGAGAUUUCAGGAAAAAAUCAACCUUAAAGACCAAAUAGUUUGUUCUACUUAGUAUAAUUUUUUUAAAAACUUGUUGUACUAAGAGAGCUUUGGUCACUACUGAUUUCCUGUUGAAUCUGUAGGAAAAGUUAAUCGGAAGAUAAGUAUAUAAAUAAAGUAUGAAUCAACUUGAAGUUUAAACAGCUGUAUUUUUUAACUGACUGAGUCAAAUAUUUGAUACUAAUAUUCUUAAUCAAAUUGAAAUCAUGUGGAAGUGUUCAAUUUUGAGGAAGAAAGAAAAACCUUGGGUCUACCUUAUUACAUGAAAUUUUGGUGACACUUUAAUUUAGCAAGUCAAGCUAUUUUUGAAAAAUCACUAAAUGAAAAUGCACCAAAAUUAAGUGUCACUAAAUUUACGUAACCAGUGUGUAAAAUUAUUUCUUCUCAUCUCUUGCAUUUGUUCAAUCGUAACAUUAUUCACAUCUCACUUGAAUGGAGUCAUGAGGACCCCGAGGUCUGUUUCACUGACAUAUACGCUAUUUGAUGGUCAAUUAUGACAUGUAUCAUUGACCUUGUGCAAUGUAUGAGCAUUAACAUAUGACAUAACAAUGGAAUAUCGAUUGUUUCGUUUAAAAUUAAGUUUCAGUAGGUUGUAUGAUUUUGAUUUAAAUGAAGCUACUGACAUUUAUGAUUUUAUCACAUAGAUGAUCUAUUGUCUUCGUAAAAGUUUUGAAUAUCAUAGUUCUCCAAAGUUUCAGUUUGUGAAAUCGUGAAAAUUAAGUGACUUAGGUUCUAAAAUUUAUGAGAAAUCGCUAAAUCAAAGUGCUGCAAAAUGAGGAUUUUUCAAAAUCACUAAGUUAAGGUAUCACCAAACUUUCAUGUAAUAAGGUACAGUGUAGUUAGAGCCAACCUGUGGCUUUGGUCUUUGCCUUUUCUUGAUGUCUAUUUCCACUGGUCCCCUGCACCUCGAACAGGGUUAGGGGCCCAUUGGAAAUGCAUGCAUUUGUCCAUAAAUGGUAGGAGGAAGAAUGAGAAGAAUCAAAUGUACUCAGCUGAUAUAAGGCAAGAAUAAAUUUAAGCAGAUAUUAAAUGACAGCGUGUUAUUGCGGCUGGUAUUUAGGAGCUGAUGGGACAAUGACAUGUUGGGACCUGGAAUCAUGGAAUGUGUUUAAAACUGUUGAUGAACCUCACAAUGAAAUAAGUGCUUUGGAUUUCUCUCAUGAUGGCAAAAUAUUUGCUACUGCUGGCAAGGUAUUGAAAUAAUCAUAGCAAGGCUGGGUCACAGCUGGAUUGAGUCAGUGGACUACCAUAUGCACCCAUAUACUGCUGUAUCAACAUUCUGGGACUGAAACAAAGCAAAUCUCCUGGUCGCCAAAGGCUGGCCAAAUCUCCCAGCAAAAAUUGUCUGUUAAGCCUUUAAGCAGCUUUUUACGGGAUUAGAUCCACAUAGCAAUUUUGGGGGGUAGUCAGUUGUGUGGAGUUUCAAGGGGUGGAUAAGUUUUAUGGACGUUUGUCAUCUCAGGGUGAGGUUAUUAGGCUGGGGGAUCUUGAAGAUUCAGAUCUGCAAUGGCUGACACCAUGUAAAUUUUUCAAGUGAGAAAAGAUUUCCAAUCUCGUCAGUGAAUAUUUUCGUUAGUGUCAACUGUUCAACAUAUUGACCCAAAAAUUAGUUAAAGAGGUGUCAUGUCAACUGGACCAAGAAUAAGUCAGUUAUUGAAUAUCUUUUUCAUAAUAUUUCUCAGGACAGAAAGAUAAGAGUCUAUGACACAAGCACAUUACAAGUAAAGCUAACAUUUGGAGGAACAGAUAAACUUGAAUCUACACAGUGAGUGAACUUAAAAGAACAAUCAAUCCCUAGCUUGACAUCAAUGAUUCUUUUUGUGCAACAAGCCCUGCCUGUCUUUCACCACUGCCUGUCAAUAUGCUGCUAUAUCGCUGACCCUAUGGCAUAUCUGGUACCCAACAUUUGAAUUUUGUGCCAAAAAAAGGGAUAUCCCUGUUCCCCAAAGCAAUUAAAGGUAGCCAAAGCCAAGAGGUUAGUGGGUGGGGCCUGCCAGAAAACAGCAUUGUUUAGUUUGUUCUGUAAUCACCAUUUAGAAGAUGGAGAGGCUUAAAUAUUUAUGUCAAUAUAUCAGCUUCUUUUCACCUGUCUUUUUUUUUUUUAGACAAGGUGUUUUUGCUCCUGAAGCAGGGCAUGGAAGAAAAGUAUUUGCUGUGAGAUUUCAUCCAUUUGAUGACAAUAUAUUUUUAACAGGAGGCUGGGAUCGGUGUAUCAAGGUAUGUACAGAGUCAGAGCUUGUCCAUUUAUUUGUUACCCUUUCCAACAGGUUUUCCAUUUUUGAUCUUUUGAUUUAAACCAGUUUUUGAUAGAUUGUUAUAUUGGUAAAUUCUUGUGUUUUCAGUUAAAGUGUUUCUUUUCCAUUGAAAAGGGUGUUAUAGUGUACCUUGUUACAGUGUACUUUACAGUCCAAAAUUACCAUAAGAAAGUGUCAGAACAAAUUUGACUGUCUUAUUUUUGAAAUGUUUUUUAUCCAAGAACUGAAACCGACGCUUAACAAACAGUGUGAUUCAAUUCGCGCUAAAUUAUUUGUUUAGAGUAGUUCUUGUUAACAUUGUUUUAUUUCCAUUGUUUUUUGACUUUAUAAAUAUUUUUAGCACUUUUUACAUUUUUACAUAUUUUAUCACAUUUUAGCGUUCACCACAUUUUUAUCUAUUAUAACUUGUUUUUAACUUAUUUAUGCUAAUUUAGAGAACUUUUAUACUCUUGAAAAUGACCUCAGAGAGGUCCAAACGUCGUGAUUUUUUGUCGCUGAUAUUUAUCUCAAAAUCGAUUUCUAAGAAACUACUUAUUAAGUUAUUGUAUUAUGACAAAAAUUAUUAAGAUAUUUUUGCAACAUAGUCUCUGCCAAUGGACAAGCAGAAUUUGCGAACGGCUUGUCCUAAGGACAACCUGAAUUACCCACAAUUUUCUGCAAGCCCUGAAAUUAAGGUUUUCAGUCUUCUUUUGAAAUUUCUGAACACACAGUGCUACUACUUUUUGAUGGGAGUGUCCACCAACAUAUCCCAUAAAAAUAGACAUGUACAUAGGAUUUUCGUAUCGUAGUUGCUUAAAACAACAGCAACACAUGAAUGAUGUUUUCUGCAUCCAAACUGUCUUAGGGCCUCUUUACAUGAGCUCGGUUGACCAGGCUGGCCUGGUUACCGGAAUGAAUUUCGCAUUGGGUUCAUAAUGAGAAAUUCAGCCUGGUUUCUGAGAUGAGAAACAACCAAAGAUCCUGAGGACACGUUCUGGCACCAAAUUCAAGAAACAAAGCAAACAUGGCAAAACACAAAAAUAGUAUUGUUAUAACUUUCUCACCUAUCAUAGCUUUGGCAACUCUUAAGCUGUAUUCCUGCAGUUAAAUGGGAUGCUUAUGAUGUGGAAAAUACGGCAGGCAAUACCAAACGAUGCCAUUUGGACCGCCAGAGUUCAUGCAGCUGUCAUCACAGUAACUGGGGUGAAGUGGGCCAUGUGGCAAAAUUUCCAGCCCACUUAUUACCAAUAUCCCGGUUGGAAAAACUUAGAUCUCGGGAACAGAACCAACCCGCCCUCUCAUAUGAACAGAUUUUUACAAAGGACUUAGAGUAUGUUGAGAUCUCGUAAACCAGGCUCAUAUGAAGAUGCCUUAAUUCAUUUGAAACAAGUUCGUAAUGCUAAUUGUCAUCACCUUGUUAUUAAUCAUAAGCUGAAGUUAACAAUCCUUACUAAUUAUAAAUUAUGGUUAUUAAUCUUAUGAAGAUCCUUUUAACUGAACAAUCAUAUUUUGUUGUAAUCCCUAAGGUUUGGGACGUGCGUGCUGAUCAGGUAGUCCGUUCAAUCAAUGGCCCAUACAUUUGUGGUGAAGGAAUUGAUAUCUGGGAGGAUUCAGUUUUGACAGCAUCUUGGGUGGCACAUGAUUCUCUACAGGUACAUUUUAGACUUACAGCUAAAGUCCGUUUUGUUUGGGUCAUCAGUCAGGAAGGAAAAGAGACAUUCUUUUUCUCACAACUUCAUCGCUGGUUUUCACAAUUAGUCAUAUCUACCUCUGCUCUUCAUUCUUACACUAGGUCUUGGUAGUAAUUGUCUAUGCACAUACGUACUCGGCCCAGAGGGAAGUCUGUGUGUCAAACAUAUAAAAGGUUGAGGAAAAGGGCACGAGAUUGUGAAGAUCACACAGACUUUUCAUCGAGUGUUAACAAAAAGAUCAAUAUGAAAGUCACGUUUAAAAGAUUUUCAUGUAAGCAUCCCCAAGGAAGAGUGGUAUGUGUCCCUACUUAUAUCAACUGAAUGAAGAAAUUCCCCAGACUAAAAAGAAUCAAACUUAGUCCUGACAAUAAAUGGUCAUUUUCACUUGCUAUAAUCUGUUUAGUUUUUUAUCUUUUAUCAAUGCUACUCAUUCAUUCAUUCAUUCAUUCAUUCAUUUUGUCAGUCAGUCAGUCAUUUAUUUAUUUAUUUAUUUUUUCAUUUACUCAUUUUGUCUAAAUAGUAGUAAUAACAGAUUCUUUUGCCCUUGUAGGUUUGGGACUUUGGGAGUGGUCAGCUGAUGGAAGUCAUUCCAUUUCCCAGUGAUCACCAUGGUGAAUUUCUUUACGUGGGCCGGUUUUGUGGCUCUGGUGACCUCAUAGCUGCUGGAGGAAGUGGAACAAAUGAUCUUAAGAUCAUCGACAGAACCAAGCGUGAGGUGAGAAAAACAUUUAACUGUAUGAAAGGAAGGGAAGGAAAACUACCUUAAGGAGCUCUGGCAUUUUAUUUGAGUCAUUAAUUUAUUUUUAUUUUAUUCUUUUUUCGUUUCAUUAACUUUUCUAUAAGUGGUGCAAGAAAUAAGCUUACUUAAGGCUAAAAAUUUACUUUUGCCACAAGGGGGCAAUAAAUGAUACAGCACAGUUAAGUUAAGCCGCUUGGUGUAUAUUAUUAAAAGGUGCGAUUUCAGGAAAAGAAUUUCAUCAUAAAGUGAAAAUUAAUUAAGUUUGCAAAGAAAAGUCUUAUUUUUUGUUUGCAUUUUUUGGCAGGUAGUUUCCAGUGUAGAAGAUGAAGGCAAACCCAUUCAAGCGCUAGAUGUAUCACGUGACGGCAAUCAGUUGGUUAUUGGCAGCACAGGGAACUGUGUGCAGAUCGUUACUCUUACAUAAUGAGACCAACAGAUCUGCGUUUUGCUCAUACUUUUUAAGCUGUGAUAUUUCAAUGCUCUUAUAGUAGUUCCUGGUUGUUGUAAAAGGUAUAUUUUGUUCAAAACAACAUUAUGCAAUUCUUAUCAUUAAAAUGUUUACGUACGUUUUACUUAAGACCAUAACCUCGCUCACAAUAAUAAAUUUGAAUAGAUAUCAUAUGUACAGAUAUUUUUUAACGAUAAAAUCUAUCAUGACAACGCAUGUUUGUCUCCAAACUUAAAGUAUAAUAACUGUCAUGAGCCUCUUUUUAGUUCACAAAGUUUUGAUACUUUAAGGUUUCUGAUCAGUUCAGCAAAUAAAAGCUUUUGUUCAGACAAAUAUACAUGAUGAAGGUGACUGGUUCGUUUUUACCCGACUGAAUUGGGAUCCCCAUGUUUUUUGGGUGCCCCUAUGCUAAAAACUCCUAGUGAUAUCAGUAUCUCUAGUAACCGGUCAAGUCGCCCGAAAGUCAUCUUGCCUGAAACCAGAAAUGCGGAAAUGCGAAAUGCGGAGUAAUGUCGCCCAAAUAUUAUCCCAGGUGAAGUGCACAGAGAAACAAGGUUCAUUUUUAUGAAAUAAAUAGUGUGUGUUAAUAUCUCUCGUUCUUUUAACCGUCAUGAGACGAAACAAGAGGAACGAAUGUGUAACAAACCUCGUUCUUUAAGCGGUGUAAAUGUGUAAUAUACCUCGAUCUUUAAUCCUGGAUUAACAACGAAACAAGCGCGCUGAAGGAGUAAUAUAUCUCUCUCUAUAAUCUUCGAUGAGACGAAGCAAGCGCGGCAAAUGGUAAUAGGGAUGCUAGGAUAUUGUUGAGGCAUGAUAAAAUUUCGAGCCACAUAACUCGGCAUUUCGGGCGAUAUGACUCUGAAUUCGAGCGACAUGACUCUGAAUUCGAGCGACAUAACUUCGGGCGACUUGACUGUAAACCAUAUCUCCUUCUCGUAAAUGUCAGUGUGUUUUCUAUCCCCUGAUACUUUCCCGAGACACCGCUGAGGUCCUUUGGGUAUAUCCCCAAGACUGUCUUUUACAGCAAAAAGGAAAUGGCCACGCAAGGUAUGGGGGAAAAGACAGGCAUUUGGCAUUAACCAAAUGGUAGCGAAUACUUACUUUGCAAUUGAUCGAAGUUGAGUGAAAUUUUGUGUUUUGCGGGACUAGAACCAAUCCCAUUCCACAGCUCAGCCAGCUUAGGGUUUUGAGUUGACAGCCCGCAAGUAAUUAUUUUUCCAUAUCUACCCACAAGGAACACUAUAGAUUCGCGGAACAUAGCGCGCGCGUGCCAUGACAUCAUCCGCGCGCACAAACUACAAAAACAUACGUCUAUGACGUUGAAAUAUUCAAAUCUGAGUAAGACAGUGCCGAGAUCACAUAGAUCUAAGGUGUUCGUAGUAUGGAGCUAAAUAUUGCCAAUACGAUUUUACCAUGAGAACGAUUAUUAGCUGUAGAUUUACCCCAUUGGACAGAUGACACCUCUUUCCGAAAGAGAAAGAGAUUUAGAAGGUAAUGAUUAAGGUUGUCUUUUGUAGUUCGUUCAAAGUGCAAUAAGAAAUAAGCUCAUAUUUGAAAACGUACGAGAUCGAAUUUAGGCAAUAAUUCCAGAAAAAAAAAACUCAAGACUUCACGAAGAAAUUAGCAAAGUUUUUAAGUUCAAUGUAGGGGAAGGGGAGUGCUUGUGGAAUAGUGAAUGCGAAAAAAUCAAUCUUAUGCAUGUAUUUAACGUCAUAUUCAGCGCUGAAGCAGAGACUAACAUCUCUACAGCCUGGCCUGUAUUAUUCACAUGCGGGGAGCCGUAUCACUCGAGCAGGGGCAGUCAUAGUCGACUACUCUUCAGCGAGGCAAACCCCUGGCGAAAUGAUUUUCACUUGCAAUCACUAAUUAUGCCAAUGCGAGUAUAAAAGCAGCCGCUCCAUCGUACACAUGUGGUAGCUGUUGGCUGGAAACCACUACACAGAUCUUGUCAAGCAUAUCGAGGCGGGAUCAGCUAAACAGACCGGUGUGCCACAAAAAUUAGAAACAAAAUCAAAUUCAGGAGUGAAGCACACGCUACCAACUCCGCAGUAUGGCCAGUACCUUUAAUACACAUGGUUUUAAUUUAUGCAAACCUGGCAAAACCUGGCAAAUUUAUUACACCCAGGAUUUCAGGGCGUAAGAUAGACACGUGACCAGCCGAAGCCAGGGCCUUUUCGCGCCCCACCCAUUUUUUGAGGGAAAAGCCCUGGGGACGAGGUUGUACUUCAGUGUAACCUUACCAAGAGUGAUGAAUCUCCCUUUUUCGUCUUAAAUGUAGACUGGGUUUUUGUGCGAAAUUGGGUAUUGCCGUAAAUAAAUGAAAACGCGAAACGCUCAGCUGCGUCGAUCCUCAUGCUAUAUAUUCACUUUCUUCUGUCUUUCCCUGUCACAUUUGAUGCGAGUUAACCAAAUUGUUAAAGUAAAAUAAAUAUCUACUCACCAAAUGUUGAUAAAAAGGAAAACUCUAAGGUUUCCUCGGAGUUUCUUAUGCCAAAAUGUGACUCAUCGAAUGAAAUACCGCGAUUUUUAUCAUAAUUGAUACAUACGCUCACACCACUGAAAUAUGAGCUAUUUUUUUCAAAAUAGGUCAACAACUGAUAGGGUUACUCCUAUGAUCGAAUCGCUUCGAACAACGCAAAUAGCCUUCUUCAGGUUCGCAACGCCUUCUGGAUUUCUGGGGGGGCGGUAGACUGCUUGCAGUCCGCAAUUUCUCUUAAAAUCCGUCUAGCUCUUGACUCAUCCAACGUGAUCGCAAACCACGACGUUAUUAAUACUAAAGUACACCCUCGUUUCUCGCGGCUCGCGGCUUUGCCGCUCGCGUGCAGUAACUUUGCAAAGAAAAAUAAGAGACUGCUCGCAGUCUAUCCCCCGGGGGACCGUUUUUCUGUACAGGCGACCGAAAACCGAAUUUAUAACUGGGCAGCCCUGAUAGGGGCAGCUCAGUAAUAGUGGAGCUCUCGCACGCGAAGCGCGCACGGCGGAGCACCAUGGGUAAGAAAAUGUGGUAAACUACCCAUCCGAGGAAAUUUGGUAAUCACGUGACCGUACACCGACCGACCGCCCGACCAUCCGUCCGUACCACAGGUACAACAAUGUAAAAUAACUCAAUCAACAGGUACGGCAACCCAAAUGUAACUCAUUCAUUUCAUUCUUUAGUUUGCCAUAUAAACGGCGAGGAGACCUGAAAGAAACCACGAGGCUUACAAUGAGUCAGGUCUAUUCAACUUAGGAUAAACUAGUCUUGAUAAUAUAAUUACAAUAUGGGCUUAUGAUGGCUAACUUUUGACCGCGAACUCACACACACACAUACACACUCACAUGUUAAAUUAAUUAAUCUAAUAAUCUACUUAGUGCCAUACUGAAGCUAAUAUGUACUGAGAAGGAAUUCUUUAAGCUUUCUUUUAAAAGAAGCAGAGGAGGACGAACCAGUUAUAAUACUCAAGGCUAUUUUGACGGGAAAUUGCAUAGCCACCCGCGUCUCGUAAAGCAGAGACAACUAAAGAGUCAAUGAAGACGAAAACGGAAAGCGGAAAUUGUCUCUUUAUCAAUGUUUUCUAAAGAAUUAAUCUUCGAUUAAUUGUCAUGUCUACAAAUUUGGAAUAUGGAGCAAGAGAAACACAGAGAAAAAGAGAAAGUCGGCGGCAGGCCAGCGAAGCUCAACGAGGAAAAGGGCGACAGAGGUCUAGAGCGAGAGAUAAAAAACCAAAGGAGACAUUUUUUUGUUGGAAGAACAACAUGAAAAUUUUGUAACGGCGUCGACAAAAUGAGCACUGCUAGCGGCCACCAAUGCAAGGUGAAAAUGAGCGGCAAUGAAAAAAAAGUGAACGAGGAAACGUACUACAUUUCCUCCAUAAAACGUGUAACUAAGACGUCUCUGGAAGUUUCACGUUGUAGCCGUGCAAAACAGCGGUCUGAAGAAAUGUAUAUAAAAGUGUGCUGCACGUGCAAAGUUGCUUUUUUUGCUAAUUUUAUUGUUGUUUUCACCGUUCUCCGGCGUUGCCUUCGUCGCUUAGCAUUACACGACUUUAUAUUUUGUUUGAACAAACCAUAAAUAUUAUCGAGAGCUUCGCUUUUAGCCCUGGCUAAAUCUAUAUAUUAAGGUCACGGUCCAGAAACUCGUCUUUGGGUAGUCCGAUUCGGGCUGUUACCAGGGUGCUCUAGGUCUAUGUUGGCUUAUAUGACGUACUUUACAGAGCGAAGCGAAAAACGGCCAUCUGCUUGGAAAUUUCAUCAUGGCCAACUCAAGGGAAGUGACUCGCGAAAAUCGAUAUAGAGUCUUUAGCAACAUAUGCCUUGGAAAUGCUGUUUCUCUUGAUGAACAUCUUAGAAACAUGAGUGAUAGUGAAAGAUCCCUCGCGUUAAAUGCAGGUCAAUCGGAUACUUUCGACAUAUUCCAAGGAGAGCCUCCGCUAAUAAAAGCUGUUACGUUUGGAGAUCUUGAUGUUGUCGAAGUACUUCUGAAGUACAAAGGAGAGGUAGAUAUUGAAGUUGGAGGAGAAUACCAUAGAAGAGGGAGACCAUUAUGCACAAUAGAUGACAAUCAUUCCUUUGGUGUUCAUCACGUUUCAUUUACAUGUUGCACUCCAUUGUUUUUAGCUGCUUCACGCGGACACUUUGAUGUUCUUAGGUGUUUGCUUGAAAAUGGAGCUGAUAUUAAUGCUAGUACAGCUGAUAACUGCACCCCUCUCAUGAUAGCGAUUGAAAACGGGAACAUAAAUGCAGCCACCUUUCUCAUUGAACAUGGAGCUAAUGUAGAUCUUAAAGAUGAUCGUGGUGAUACAGCGCUUCACUACGCCAUGUCACGGUAUAUUCUGUAUGACUGUAAUGCCUCACUUGAAGUUUUCAGUUGUUUGAUUGAACAUGGAGCUGAUGUUAAUGGCCGUAACAGUAGCAAGGGGCCCAGUAAUAGCUGUACUCCUUUGAUGGUAGCAAGUAGAAAUAGUAGAGUGGAUCUAAUGACCCUUCUCAUUAAACAUGGAGCUGAUGUGAAUCUUCAAGAUGAAGAAGGUGAAACAGCUCUUCACGUUGCUAUGUGGGGUUCUGAUGAUUCAUGUGAGGUUUUCAGGUGUUUGAUUGAAAACGGAGCCAAUAUUAAUGCUGUUUCAAAUGAUGGUCGUACUUCUCUGAUGAAUGCAAUUGGAAACGUAUCUGUAGUUACUUUUCUCACUGAGCAUGGAGCUAACAUUGAUCUCCAAGACAAAAAUGGCAAUACAGCUCUUCACCGUGCUGUUUGUGGUUGUUCACUUGAGGCUGUUCACCAUCUUGUGACUCUUGGAGCAUCCCACAUGUGUAACAACAAGGGAUUUACACCUCUUCUUCUAGCCAGCAAUACUGGAAAAAGUCGAUUGGUUGAGUAUUUAAUCCAGAGACCAGAGAUGACAAAGGAACAAAGAAUUGAUGGCCUGGAACUUCUAGGUACUUCUCUUGUUUUUACGAGAUCAAAUGGGCAUGUGGAGGGAUUUAAGUACAUUAAGCUUGGCAUGGAAGAAAGGUUUUCUGACCCCUCUCACCCUUUGUCAAAACAACCAAUGGAACCUGUUGAGGCUUACCAGAAUAGAAAAGAAUGUCAGACUCCUGAGGAACUAGCACAGAUAGAAGGUGAUGUUGAUGCUGUAUUCAUAGAAGGUGUUAUUAUGAGAGAAAGAAUUAUUGGAAAUAAAAGUCCAGAACUUCUUUAUCAUGUUACUUAUGCUGCAAUGAGUAAAACAAGUAAUCUUGAUUUUUCCACCCGCAUGGGACUUUUGAGACAUGUAGUCAAAAUGACCCAGAGCAUCAAACAACCGUGGCCAGCUAGUAAUGAGUUGCAUUUCAUGAGUAUGAUGUUACAUAAAGAGUUCAUGAGAAGUGGUCAACGAAACGCAAAAAUUUAUGUUGUUGAAUUACUUGAGUUAACAAUUCUUGAGUAUGAAACACAACAUAAGGCCAUGCAGACUGAUGAUGAUUAUAAACAAUAUUCACAGUCAACGCUGUUUGAUAUUUCCAUGGAACUUGUGUUAUUCAUUACCAAAGUCAAAUUUUGUGGAGAGAGCAAGACUUCACAUUUGUCAAUGCUGCUAAGAAAACUUUGUAGGAAAGAUCCUCAAGAUAGACUGGGAAAUACACUGUUACAUAAGGUCAUUGAAUGCCACAUGAAUGAUGAAGUAUAUUCAUGUUUGGAUACAGUGAAGCUUCUUCUGAAUUCUGGAUUCAAUGUAAAUGCCAUGAACCACAAUGGAAGCACUCCACUUCACGUAGCUGCCACUUUUAAACCCAGCGAAGUCAAAAUUUGUCUUUUGACAGAACUACUGCAGGUUUUGGUUGAUGCAGGUGCUCAUCAUGAUUUUGUCAACAGUGAUGGUGAAACACCCAUUGACAUGGCUAAAACUGAUGAAGUUCGCCUGAUUCUUUCAGAGAGUAAAAACCUUGAGUUACAGUGUAUCAGUGCUAGAGCUGUGAGAAAGUACAGAAUUCCUUACAUUGGGGUGGUACCUGUUAUACUGGAGAAGUACAUUUGGAGGCAUCGUGGGGCAACCCCUUCAAGAGAAGAAAGGUUGCGCCAGAAAUACUUGCAUACAAUUUUAAGGUCAAUUUACGAGCCUUUCUAAACUUUGUUGGUCAUUCCAAACAACUUCCAUUGUAUAAUGCAGUCACAUUUGGUUCUAUGAACGCAUAACUUACCAAAAAGUACUGUUUAGGUCAGAUGAGUUCAAGCUGUUUUUUCUCGACACUGUAUCUGAUCAAAAAGAACCUAACCUUCCCAAAAGUUGCAAACAUGACAAGCACUUCUCUAUCACGCUUUUCUUCAAGGAAAAUUUUAAUUUUGGGACCCAGUAAGUGCAUUCUAUUGCAAUAAUUUUUAGAGUGAUGGUAGAGAGAAUUUUAGCCUUUAGGAUGGCACCUUUACAUUAUUCCUGAUAAAUCACAAGUUCUUUUGAGAUCAUGACAUUCUGAGUCGUUCUGUUGUUUUCUACGAAAUAAUUUUUUGACAUCAUAGAUCACAGUUCAUCUUUUACAUGUUACAUAUCAUGCCUGUUGAAUAAACAUGGGGACGUUAAACGUGCAUGGGCUAUUUUGAAUGCUUCAGUGUAACUUUAAUGCUUCAGUGUAACCUUACCAAGAGUAAUAAAUCUACCUUUUUCGUCCUAAAUGUAGACUGGGUUUUUGUGCGAAAUUGGGUAUUGCCGUACAUAACUGAAAACGCAAAACGCUCAGCUGCGUCGAUCCUCAUGCUAUAUGUUCACUUUCCUGUAUGUUUCCCUGUUACAUUUGGUACAAGUUGAACAAAUUGUUAAAGUAAAAUAAAUAUCUACUCACCAAACGCUGAUUAGAGGGAAAACUCUAAGGUUUCCUCGGUGUUUCUUAAGCCAAAAUGUGCCGGCCAACGCCCUUAGACUCCCUCUCCGUCCUAUUUUGGCUCUUGUUGCUGUUAAGUAUUUUUGUCAUUAAUUCCUAUCCAGAA